AAGUCAACCAAACAUCAACAAAUCAAGUUUAUUAUUACCAGACAGCAGUUCACAUUUACAGCAAUAUAGAUCAAAACCAUGUCCUCUAGAGCUGUUAGUGUUACAGAUUCCGACGCUACAAAUGUCUCUGCCAAUUUUACUGACUUGGAAAAAGAAGUUCUUUCUGAAUACAAAACAUUGCUUGUCCAAUUGACAACAUUAAACGAAGAUGUUAAAAGAUUAAUUCAAACCCACGACAGUUUUGAUAAUCAAAAUGUUCACGGUUUAAUGGAAACAUGGCAACAACUAGAAAAGCAAUCCGGGGUAGUGAACAAAGUUUUUGAAAGUGCUCUCUAUGAUUUAAUUAGGAAUUAUGAUGGGGCUGAAUUACCACAACAAGUGAGCUUUGAAAAAAUGGAAUAAAAGAAUGGGCAGUAAUGAGAAAGCUGAAACAGAGAAUGAAAGAACUAAGGACUAAUAUACAUAAAUUGAAUGAGAAUCUGCUAAUAGAUAAAUGGAUACACAUGGCAAUAGAUGCAUUUCAGAACGAAAGUAAUAUUUGAGAAGAUCUAAUUCGUUGUUCAAGUUGGAAUGUAAAUGGGGCCAUUUUAGUCUUUUUUUUUAAAAAAAAAAAGUGAGUAUAACUGUGUUGCCAAAAACAGAAUUUCAAAAGCGGGGAAGCCUGUUUAGAGGAUUUUAUUCGUCUACGGAAGCCAAUAGUUAGUAAUAGAGGUCAUUUAACACUGUUGGAUAUAACAUAUUUAGCUGUAUUAGUUUUAUGCUAUUUAGAUGUAGGCAUGACCAAUAUUAUUCAAUCACGUGC